AUGUCCAGAUUACAUGCAGAGAUUAAGAAACAAAUAGCCCAAGGGAAUGUCAUUGAUGUCAGGUCAAAAAAACUUGGUAGAACAGGGCCAAAACCCAAAGAAUAUUCUGAUGAGUGGUUACAAUCUGUCCCCUUAUACAAGAGGACAACAGAGAGAAGCUACGCUGGAGCACUGAAUGUAUCACAUUCAACAAUUCACAGAUUAAGGAAGAAGGGCAGACUGAGAACUCACACAAGUCCAAACCAUCUAGCUUUGACUUCCAACCACAAAAUUGCAAGAUUGAAGUGGGUAUUAAGUCACAUCAAUCCAAUUCCAGCUCAUGGGGACCCAAAAUUUGCAGAUAUGCAACAAACCAUACGUAUUGAUGAAAAAUGGUUCUACUUGAACCAAGAAACAAGAAAAUUCUACCUCCUACCCAAAGAAGAAGAUCCAUACAGGUGCCAACAAUCAAAGAGAUACAAAGUCAAGGCAAUGUUUAUGGGUAUGAUUGGGAAACCUCUAUAUGCAAGGAAUGGGACUCUAUUGCAUGAUGACAAGUAUGGAAUAUUUCCAUUUGUCACAAAACAGAUGGCAAAGAAGAAAAGCAAGAACAGAGAUGCUGGUACAUGGGAAACAAAGGCUAUGCAGAAUGUGAACAAAGAUGCAAUCAGAAACAUGUUAAUGGAACACAUCAUUCCAGCAAUACAGGAACAAUGGCCAGCCAGUUUACCAAAGAACAUCAAAAUACAAUGGGAUAAUGCAAGGCCUCAUCAGAUUCCCAAAGAUCACGAAUUCAUUGAUGCAUGUCAUGCAAAUGGUUUCAACAUUGAAAUGGUGUACCAGCCAGCAUAG